AGCUUUUCAUAGAAACUAACAUUAGUGCAUGAUAUUAAAGUGCAGUUUGAGGUGCUUGAACUUUGCAUAUAAGUUGCUGUGUCCGUGAGAUGUGGAGCCGCUACAACAUGUUGAUCUUUGCUCUGGUAGCAGCAACAAGUUUCCCACCUGUACAUGUUCUGGAGUUCUGCACCGACCGUGACUGCCAUAGUGAUAGUCAUGACAAUAUGGCAUCAUCAACCAGCCAGCUGUCCGAAAACACUUUCAAAUCCAGGUGGAACAUUAGUGUUUCAAACCUUAUGCAGGACCUGGACAAGUUCAGAGUCUCCUGCAAGAAGCUAAUAGAAGCAUUCCCGAUCGAUGAGGUUGAUGGUAACUCUGCUCGCUCAGUAAAGAACUGCAUAUUCUCCAGAUCCAUUCCAACACCACUGAAAGGCCCGUUGAGACUGGCAGCAGCUUCUAAGGAGGUCAUCGAGGGGAUUUUAGACUUAGACGUGGCUGUAACCUGGUCAGAUGAUUUCCUGCAUUAUGCCAGCGGUGGCAGACUCGCACCAGGAUCAGUACCACUUGCUCACAGAUAUGGAGGUCAUCAGUUUGGCUACUGGGCAGGGCAGCUGGGUGAUGGUCGAGCACAUUCCCUUGGUCAAUAUACCAACAGGAAAGGAGAAGUGUGGGAACUGCAGCUUAAAGGCUCUGGGAAAACACCUUAUUCAAGGUCGGGAGAUGGUCGAGCUGUGAUCCGUUCCUCUGUGAGGGAGUUCCUGUGCAGUGAAGCCAUGCAUUCCCUGGGUGUUCCAACCAGCAGGGCUGCCAGUCUAAUUGUAAGUGACGAGCCGGUUGUGAGGGAUCAAUUCUACAACGGCAAUAUGAAGACAGAGAGAGGGGCAGUUGUUCUCCGAUUAGCCAAGUCUUGGUUUCGUAUUGGAUCUUUAGAGAUUUUGUCUCAAAGUGGAGAGAUUGAUCUCCUGAGAAAGCUGUUGUUCUUUGUCAUUGAAGAACAUUUUCCUUCGAUCAAUUCAGAUGACCCAGAUAAAUAUUUGGUGUUUUAUUCCACAGUUGUAAAUGAAACGGCACAUCUGAUUGCCCAGUGGAUGUCCGUUGGGUUUGCACACGGUGUGUGCAACACGGACAACUUCAGCCUCCUGUCCAUCACCAUCGAUUACGGUCCAUUUGGCUUCAUGGAGUCGUAUAACCCCAAUUUUGUCCCCAACACCUCUGACGACGAGGGCAGAUACAGCAUAGGAGCUCAGGCCAACGUGGGACUGUUUAACCUGGAGAAGCUCCUGACGGCUCUCGGUCCUCUGCUUUCUAACAAACAGCAGAGCGAGGCUAAAUACAUUUUAAAAGGAUAUGUUGAUAUUUACCAUAUGAGGAUUCAUCAGCUUUUUAAAGCUAAACUUGGGCUUCUAGGUGAAGAGGAGGAUGAUGGCCACCUCAUCGCCUUCCUGCUUAAGAUUAUGGAGGACACACAGUCAGACUUCACCAUGACCUUCAGGCAGCUCAGUGAAGUUUCAGCUCAGCAGCUUCACAGCAGAAGCUUCACACAGAUGUGGGCUCUUGAAGACUUGUCCUCCCACAAGCUCUUUUUUGAUUGGCUCAGCAUGUAUCAACACCGGCUCAUUGGACAACAAGAUGAUAGUGAUUUGGAUCGUCAGCAGAGGAUGAAAAAUGUAAAUCCUAGAUAUGUGCUGAGGAACUGGAUGGCGGAGUCUGCUAUAAGUAAAGCUGAGAUGAAUGAUUUCUCUGAGGUGGAGAUGCUGCACUAUAUUCUGUCAUUUCCCUUUGUUACACAAGAGACUGCAGAGGAGGCAGGCUAUGCAGCAAGACCUCCCUUGUGGGCUAAGAGGUUAAAGGUCAGCUGUUCCUCCUGAGAGAUUCUUGGAUAAAGCAAAGAAACUCAAGUGAAGAAGUAGAUCAUACCUGAGCCGUUAUGGUAUAUUCUAGUAAACGGUCUCAUGCUGGUGGAAAAAAAUUGGUCCAAAAUGUCAAGGUCAUGGCUGUUUGAAGUUAUUUCCACUGAGUUUACCCACCUUAUGUGGAUACAGUGUCCAAAUAAAAAGGAAUGCUACAGCAGAAUGUGUCUUUUUUAUAUAU